CUCUCUCUCUCUCUCUCUCUCUCUCUCUCUCAAGAGAACUUUUUGAAACUUUUCAAAGCUUGUUUUUUUUCGCUUUUUCACGAGCUCCUUUAGGGUUUUCCUGAGCUAAUGUUACAGUGCCCACUGCCCAUCUCCUUUAACCAAAGCUUAUUUCUUACUUUUUUUCGCUCUUUCUGUGUACCGAGCCGGGAAAUGCUUGUCGGUGCGUUGUGUUCUUUUGCUCCGACGAAGCUAAUUCUGUUUGUUUGCCGGGAAAAUUGUGCGUUUCUGUGAUUUUGCCCGGAUCCGAUCGGAGAUGACUCGGCUCUAGUUUGGAUUUUUGGUGGGUGAUUUAGGGUUCUUUAAUGAAGCAAGGGGCUUGUUGCUAAAAAAGGGGAGGGAAGAUUCUGUUUGUUUCAGAUAUUCGGGGGCUUGCUUUCUCCUUUUCCACUCCAAAUGUUGUAUUUUUAUUUUUUGGUUGAGUAAACUUGUAUGUGAAGGGAUUUGCGUUGAACGAAUAAGCGUGACCGGAUUUACUGCCUAGCCGUUUUAAUCUCCGUGCUUCUGCUACUGUGUUGGUAUCUUCUAUCUCUGCUUUUUUGGGGAUUUCUGCGGAUAAUCUUGUGGAAUUAGCUUUCUAGCCUCGUCCAUUGCUGGUGAUCUGAUCAUUGGAUCGAGGCCAUGGAUGGGAAGCUUGUUUCUUUGAGAUAUAAGGGUCUGCAGAUUCGUGAUUAUGGUUAUCAAAGUCUGUUUCUUUCGAUCGAAACCUAAUGGCAUGUGGGUUGGUGUGAAUCCGAGAAAGGAAGGAAGGAAGUGGUGGGUUUUGCGAUUUAUCUAGGGUUGGAUUUUCAGAGAUGGAAGAUAUCGGGUUGGUGAAGCAAGGUUGGCAAUGGCUGCAAUCUCAGAAACAUGUGUACUGUCAUGCUUGCACUGCCGUACGAUGUGUCGGGGAGAAGACAGGGGCUCUUGUGGAGCGUCACUGGCCACUUGUGUGCAGUGGAUGCGGGAAGCUAUUAGGGCUGUUUCGUUUGUCGUUGGUUUACUGGAAAGACUGCAUUUUGAGGGGUUUCCAGUCUAGUGCUAAAUUGGGUUCGGCUGCUUUGCUCGUCAUCAUGUGGAGUUGCUUCCUUAGCCUGACUUCGAUUUCUUGCCUGGUUUAUGUGCUGAUCAGUAUGGGAACUGCUGGUGCCAUUGUCCUGUACUUGGGUUGCACUCCUGGCCUCUUCAUAGUUGGGCUAUUCGGCAUUUUGAUUUUGUGGAUGUACGCUAACUUUUGGAUUACGGGAACUUUAUUUAUUGUUGGAGGAUAUUUAUUUUCCUUGAAUCAUGCACGACUGGUGGUUCUGAUGGCAACUGUGUAUGCAAUGUACUGUGUCAAAGUCAGGCUUGGAUGGGUUGGUGUGUUUCUCUCAAUUAAUCUUGCGUUCUUAUCCAACGACAUAUUCAAUUGUCUUCUUCAAUGGUGUGACAAUGUAAGCGAGAAAACGCAACCGGAGGAGCCAAAGAAGCCCGAAACAGUUAUCGAAGACGAAUACCCGGGAAAGUUUGAAUAUUCUUCUGUUCCUGUUGAAGAUGAGAAACCACCGGAGAAGAAGGUCCAUGAAAACAAGUCCACUAAGCCGGCUUCUAGUUCUACUGUUGUUAAUACCGUGAAGGAGAUAUGUAGUGUCAAGAUUGUCAAAGUAGAAUCAAGUUCGGAGGACGAGAUGAAAAGAAUACUGAAUUGUUUGGAUCAUUAUGAAGCCUUGGGGUUUUCUCGGCAUAAGAAGAUCGAUCCUUCUCUGCUGAAAAAAGAGUACAGAAAGAAGGCCAUGUUGGUUCAUCCAGAUAAAAACAUGGGAAGCCCUUUAGCAAGCGAAUCGUUCAAGAAAAUUCAAUGUGCCUAUGAGGUUCUUUCUGAUUCUGUCAAGAAGAGAGAUUAUGAUGAACAAUUAAGGAAGGAAGAAUCUAGAACCAGAAGUGUCUGUCAGAAAUCUCAUGCUUCAACGCACCAGAAUGGUCCCGAGUAUCGUUCAGAAGAAUCGAGGCGGAUACACUGUACAAAAUGUGGGAAUUCUCACAUAUGGGUGUGCACCAACAGAAGUAAGGCAAAGGCGAGAUGGUGUCAGGAUUGUUGCCAAUAUCAUCAAGCUAAGGAUGGCGACGGAUGGGUCGAACAUAAAGGAACUUUAGCAUUCGAAAGAGCCCAUAAGAUGGAAAUCCCACGAGCCUUUGUUUGUGCGGAGAGCAAGAUCUUUGACGUCUCGGAAUGGGCUAUUUGUCAGGGAAUGGCGUGUAGACCAAACACACAUCGACCCAGUUUCCAUGUGAACAUGGUUGGAUUGGAGAAGACGACUCAGAGAUCAAACUCGAGCAGAUUCCCGUGGGAUCUCGACGUGGAGAUGAUGGAUGAAGACGAGGAGGAGUUUGAGUUAUGGCUUCAACAAGCUCUGGCCUCAGGUCUCUUUUGCGAGACCUCGAAACGCAGAAAAAGCUGGAGCCCUUUCAAGUUGGGUCAGAGCAAAAGCAAGAAACAAUGGCGAAGAACUUCGACAUGAAAAAGGAUUUAAACAAAUGGCUGUGAUCCUUUCCCCACGGAGCGGAGGAGGAAAGAGACGAAGAACAAGAGGAACUGAAAAGUGUUUUGGUUCUUCACUGUAAGUAGAAGAAUUUGUCCCCUUGUUUUUUAAGCAAUGGUUGUCCUGAAAGAACAAGACAGAAGAAAACCAAAACUAGUUUUUAGUGAUGUGUACAUUUUUAUUUAUGGCA